AUUAAUAAUUAAUACGUCAAAAUUAUAUUGUCAUGUUGAAUCAGCAAAUUUUAUAUUUUAUUUUUAUUAUAGACUCAAUUAACCUCUAGAGGAAGUUAAAUAAAGUACAAAGGAAAUAAAAUAAAUUUCACAAGUUUCCAGCGAAGCAUGGUGGUCUCAUCUUGAAUGAGAUCCCAAUUUCAUUUGACUUACAAAUACCAAUGAGAAAAAUAUGAAAAAAAAUAUCAAGGAAAGCAUCAACCGAGACCAUGAUGGACAUCAUCAUAAUAGAAACUUGGAUAUUUCUCAAGGUCUAGAUUUUCAAUUAUCAAGAGUUGGUGAUUCAACAUUUUUCAUUCCAGAUCCUUUUGAUGGAGUUUGCUAUCGUUCAUUGAAUGACACUCUCCAGGCAUUUACAGUGGUCUUGACUGAGUGGUAUCAAAAUGCUUGUAUCGUGACUAGUGCUGUUAUGUCAGACAUUAAAACACUCUGGAUAAUAACAAAUGAAAGUUAUAUUAAAAAAUUAAAAACCGUAGGAAAUUUAGUAUUUUAUUAUCUAAUUGUUUUGGCAAUAUACAUCAUCGAAACUGGAUUUUGGAUAAAUAAAAAAAUCAUUCAAUUAUUAACAACAAUUGUCAUAAAUUCAAAUGGAAAUACACAAGCGACAAUUGGUCUCUGUAUAUUUAUUGGUUUUAUGAUAAUUGCAUUUUUACUUGGUGGAUUAAUCAACUCGUCAACUUCAUCAUCUUCAUGUUAAAUUCAAUCAACACAAAAUCAAUUAAAUAAAUAAAUAAAUUACAUGUAAA